AUGUUGAAAGCAAAGUUCACCUGCAAGAGAUCCUCCUCUCUGGCUCUGAAGCCCAUCCCCAAGUCGGACACAGUCAGUGUAUUCGUCGGGCCGGAAAGCCGCGAGUUCACCUUCUCUAAGGAAACCCUAUCCUCAACUGCGCCAUAUUUUGCGACUCGCCUCGAUGCUUCUGGGCUUACAUAUCUGAAGCCCGAUGCGCAGCUCAAUACGUUAUGGCUCGAAGACUUGUGCCCUGACAUGUUUGAGCUAUUCGCUUAUUGGGUCGACCUACACUACAGCACUAGAAGUCAUAACAGUGGAGACAAUAUCAGCUUCAAGCCCUUCAUCGAUGAAGCGUGUGCCCUAGACUGUCGCGAGGAACUGCAUUGGGACCUGGUCCACGUGCACCUCUUCGCAGCAAGGAUCGGUCUCGACACCCUACAGGAUGCUGCCAUGGAUGGUAUACAAGACUUAUAUCUCCGCUGCGACUGGGACAUCACGCCUGGCGUUGUGAAAGAAGUAUAUACCGAGUGCGAUGCAGAAGACAGCUACCGCCUACGAAAAUGGAUCGUGGCCAUGACGGCGUGGUCCCAGGGCAGCUCGCUCGACGGGACCAUGGAUCCCAAGAUGGAGAUGCUGUUUGGGCUGGUCCCGGAUUUCUGGGACGACUACGUCGCGCACCUGGACAAAUCUUCCAUAAGCCGGACGAAGCUUCAAUUCAAGAACCCGCAGUUGCGCCUGCCUAGUAAUAAUUUGCGGAAUGAGGAGCGGCAAUUCGGAUACCGACAGUGCUCGUUUCAUACACACCGCGCGUCCGCAGGACAGGGCCGCUGCCCGCAUACGCUACCGUCUCUUGUGGGCAUGUCGUUUCUGCAUGACGCGGAGGAUGUCGAAUCGGAUGAUUCUGGUUCGGAAUUUCUUGGCGGUCUUGUGAGCAAAGCCCUGGUGGCAUCACCAAGGACAGCCAUAUUUGAGCUUUACUUGGACAUAAACUGA